CCUUUCAUUGGUCUGUUAUUUAUCUGUUGUUCACACACAGGCCCUCGCCAUGCAGGGCCUCAUGGCUGCCCUCCUGGUCUGGACUCUGAUUUCUCCCAGCAGCAGCAGUGGGAGUGAUAAAGGAGAAGAAGCCUGGCCCACACACACGGCCUGCAAGGAAGGGGGCUUGGAAGUGCUCUACCAGAGUUGUGACCCAUUACAGGAUUUUGGCCUUUCCAUUGACCAGUGUGCCAAACAAUUAAAAUCAAAUGUCAACAUUAGAUUUGGAAUCAUUCUGAGGGAGGACAUUAAAGAGCUGUUUCUUGACAUAGCUCUUGUCAGUAAGGGAUCGUCUAUCUUGAAUUUCUCCUACCCAGUCUGUGAGAAGGAUUUCCCCAAGUUUUCUUUCUGUGGGAGAAAGAAAGGAGAGAAGAUUUACUAUGCUGGCCCUGUCAGUAAUCUUGAAAUAGAUAUCAUCGAGGGAAAAUACCAGGUUUUGCUGGAACUCUAUAAUGAAAACCGUUCUACUGUGGCCUGUGCCAAUGCUACGGUCAUUUGCUCUUGAUCAAGGUCUACAGCAAAAAGUGCCAGAAGCUUCAUCUCAUGAGACAUCUAUGUCCCUUAGAUGGAAACUACUAUAUAAGAACAAACAGCCAAUGACAGAGAGGAGCUCCACAACGAAGCUCCCCCAAAGAAUGUAGCUCCUAAUUUUAUCCCUAAGACCAGAUAUCCCCAGAAUCCACCUAUGUGAUGUAGCCCCCAAAGUCAUCCACUUCUAAGGAGCCCCUUGGUGGUCACUAAACAGCCUCAGGAUAGACCUUUCUUCUCUAAUUAGUUACCGAGAAUAAAGAAAGCUGGCCCUAACAGUU